UUGAGAGGCCAGGGACCGCGACGCGGAGGGUGCGGUUGUCGGUCUCGGCUGCCGAGUUAACAGGCGGGUGAUGAUGGGGAGCAUGGAGCUCCUCGGGUUGUUCCUGGCCGCUUCGGGGGCCCUGGCAGCCUCGUCUCGGUACCCACGGUGGGCGCCGGGACCUCAGGAGCUGCUGUCCUUGAGCCCCGAGACGCCAUACGGCUCGCUUUGGCCGCUGCCCCAGUCCCUCCGCGUCUCCCCGACGAGGUUCCGGCUGGCGCCCGAUCAGUUCCAGAUCGUCCACGGCCCGGGAUCCUCCGCGGGUCCGAACUGCUCCCUGUUGCAGGACGCUUUCCGCAGAUAUUAUGAAUAUAUGUUUGGCUAUUCCAAAUGGCAAAAUCAAGAUGAGAAAAAAUCCCUAUGUGAAACAGAAUUGUCCUUGCUUCAGGUGAUUAUCACUUCAAAGGAUUCCGAAUGUGAUAAAUUCCCUAGUAUUACAUCAGAUGAAUCCUAUCAUCUCCAAGUAUCAAAGCCCACAUCUGUGUUAAAAGCAGACAAAGUUUGGGGAAUAUUAAGAGGUCUGGAAACUUUCAGCCAGUUAUUAUAUGAAGAUGAUUGUGGAACUUAUUUUGUUAAUGAGUCUAUCAUAAGUGACUUUCCAAGAUUUGCAUAUCGAGGAAUCUUGCUGGAUACAUCACGACAUUUCCUGCCACUGAAAGUUAUUCUAACUAAUUUGGAUGCCAUGGCCUUUAACAAGUUCAAUGUCCUACAUUGGCACAUUGUAGAUGAUCCUUCCUUUCCUUAUGAAAGUACCACUUUUCCAGAAUUGAAUGCCCAGGGUGCUUAUACUCCCAACCAUGUUUAUACUCCCGUGGAUGUCCAUAAUGUCAUAGAAUAUGCUCGGUUACGAGGGAUUAGAGUUAUUCCAGAGUUUGACACGCCAGGACAUACCCAGUCUUGGAGAAAAGGUAAAAUGUGUAUCAUUCUGAAAGGAGAAUUGAAAAUACUAUAUGCUUACAAUGGGAAUAAAAAAAGAGAAAAGGAAGAUUGGUAGCGAAAUACAAAUACAUAUUUAUUAUUAAAUAUUAUUUAAAUUCAAUUUGUGUUGUUACAUAAUUCAGGUCUUGCCUGACUACUUAUAAUUCAGAUAUGUUCAGAUUUUAUAUACGAUAUCUUCUAAUAAAGAGAGUAGGUAGGGUUUCAAUUACUUUUAUUUAUCUUCUUAUGUUUUGUUGCACUUGAGAUUUGGGCAGCAUACAAAUUUAAUAAAUUGUGGUUGCACACUCAGCCAGAUUUUUAGACUGGAUUUGACACUGCAGUAUUAAGCUAGUCAGGAUAAUUGAUCUGUGGUCCUGUCAGGCAGCCCAGUCCCACAAGCUCAUCAUUUCUGAAAACUGUUGGCAUGUAAUGGUUUUCCCUAUUAUUUUGAAGAAGGAGCACAUAUAAACUGUAGCAUGAGCCAUUAAAUAAGAUUAACAUAGUUUUAAAAAGAAAUAUUCCUAAUCAUUCCCCCUUGCAAGUUCUAACAGAUUCUGGAGAAUCGGUAGCGGAAAUUUAGAGUAGUUCGGAGAACCAGCAAAUACCAUCGCUGGCUGGCCCCAACAUGGCGUGGGAAUGGAGAUUUUGCAAUAUCCUUCCCCCAGGAG